AUGGGUUUUUCUGCUACAUUACCCACCGUCGAUCAGGGCGACGGCGCUUCCAUCUCCGCCGUCCAUCCCGACAUAAUCAUGACCCACAUCCUCACCCGCCUCGACGGCCAGACCUUGGCCUCCGCCUCCUGCGCAUCCUCCCAAUUACACUCCUUCUCCACAGAGGGAAAACUCUGGCGGGACAUCUGCUCCGCCACAUGGCCUUCCGUCGCCGAUCAACGUGUCGACGACCUCAUUUCCACUUUCCCAGCCGGUCACCGCUCGUUCUUCUCCGACUCUUUCCCGCUCCUUGACAACUCUCCCUCCCAAUUCGAUCUCAGCCGUCCGUCUUCACCUCCCACCACGGAGCUAAUCUCCGCCGUCGAUAUCUUUUACAAAGACCAGCUGAUUUUCUCCAAGGUUCAAGAGUCCGAGACCGAAUCCGGGUGGUUCCUCUGCUCGCCUUUCCGGGUUGACUUACUUGACCCGAAAGAAACAGUCCCGACACCAAUCCGCCACGUCGGAGAAGACCAGGCGUCGCUGAAGCAAUUGGAGGACAACUUGAGUUUGAGCUGGAUCGUGAUCGACCCGACCCGGAAGCGGGCGGCCAAUUUUUCGAGCCGGAGGGCGGUUACGGUGCAGCGGCACUGGUUGACCGGGGAGAUACAGUUGCGGUUCGCGACGAUUUUGAACGGGGAGAAGAGAGGGGAAUUCGUGCAGUGUGGGAUGGUGGUCACGUGCAAUUGGAGCGAGGGCGGGGAGCUGCACGUGAGGGAGGUGAGCAUGCAGGUGGAGGGCAUGGAGGGGAAUCAUUUGAACGGGAAGGAGAGUUUGGUAAUUUUGGAGAGGGCGAUCGAGGGAGGAAAGAGAAGGAAGGAGGUGAGGGGGAAGGGGAGGUUUGAGGAGUAUUUGGAGAUGAAGAGAGAGAGAAGAGAGAGAAAGGAGAGGAGAGAGAAGACUUUGGACAUGAUCUGCAUUGCCACUGGGGUUACGAUUUUCUUGACCUUUUGGUCCUUCGUCUUGUUCAGAUAG